AUGUCGCCCCCACCGCCCCCCUCCCGCUGGCCAGCCCCCUACAAAGCAGCCAUCUCCUUCACCAUGGACAACCUAGGCGAAGCCCAAGACGUCCUCAAUGGCAAGUGGCCUCACCCCAUCGGCACCCACCCGGCAGUCACCAACCAACUCCCGCGCAUGCUGUCACUUCUCGAAAAGCACAACAUCAAAGCCACGUACUUUGCCGAGUCAUGGAGCUUGUCUGCCUACCCUGACGCUAUUAAAUCACUGCAAGAUGCUGGUCACGAAGUAGCUUGGCAUGGGUACCAGCACGAAGUCUGGAAGAAUCUUUCCCCCGAAGCAGAGCAGGAGAAUUUCGAUAAGAGCUGGGAGGAAGCAAGGAAAGCUGGUAUCAAGUACGAGGGGUUUCGUCCACCUGGGGGGAGUAUCAAUGAUGGGACUUGGGGGUUGCUGAAGGAGCAUGGUGUGAGAUAUGUCUCACCACUAGGGGAGCUAGGGAUUGGGAAAGAGGGGGUGGUGGUGCUGCCGUUUGAGUGGAGAGGGGUGGAUGCUUUCUGGUAUAUGGAUAAGUUCAGAGGCAUAAGGGAGGAUCAUGGCGAGAGAGAAGAGCUGGAGAACCCCGAGGAAGAUUUGAAGGGGUGGUUGACGAGUAAGAUGGAGGAGAUCAGACAGACGGGUGGAUAUCUCUCUGUUUUGUUCCAUCCGUUUCUACAGACAGACGAAAAGAAGUUUGCCAUGUUGGAGGAGGUGCUUGGGAGGAUUGCCGCUGAGAAAGAUGUUUGGGUGGCUCCUUGCAAGGAGGUUGCUGAGUGGGUCAGAGGGCAUCCUGGUUCGUUCGAAGGUGGAAGGUGA